AUGGCUCUAUCUCUCCAAGGCAAAGCAGCGCUCAUCACAGGCGGCGGCUCAGGAAUCUGUCUAGAACUCACUCGCAAAUUGCUCGCUGCAGGAUGUAGUGUUAUUAUCGCGGAUCUAGCUUUAAGGCCUGAAGCCGAAGAAGUCGUGAACCAUUCUCCGGAACCUAGGGCUGUGUUUAUCAAAACUGAUGUUGCGGAUUGGAAUCAAUUGCAGGCUGCUUUUGAUAAAUGUUUGGAAGAAUUUGGGAGGUUGGAUAUUGUUGUUCCUGGGGCUGGAGUUUUUGAACCUAGCUGGUCGAGUUUCUGGGAAUUAAACCAGGGCGAAGAUACGAAUGCUUCUUCUUCAUACAAGACUUUUGAUAUCAAUAUCAAUCAUCCGAUCCGAGCGACGCAACUCGCGAUUGAUUAUUUCAUGAGGCAGGGUUUGGGACAUGGAUCUGUGUGUAUGAUUGCUUCGAUCGCUGCGCAGCUUACCCUUUUACCCGUGCCUUUAUACUGUGCUUCCAAACACGCCAUCGCAGGUUUCUGUCGCUCGCUCGCCAUGCUUGAACCAGCAAAAAACAUCCGCGUUUCGGCCGUCGCUCCUGGGAUUGUCAAGACUCCCUUAUGGCCUGAUGAAAGAUUGGAGUGGGUGGAUGAUAAAGAGGAUGCUUGGGUUACUACUGCACAAGUCGCGGAUGUGAUGAUUGAUCUUAUUACUAACCCGGAACAUGUGGGUGGGACGGUGCUGGAGGUUGGAGUGGAGAGGACGAGGGCUGUGCAGACGCUGAAUGAUCCUGGUCCGCAGGGUGCUGGGUUUACUUUGGCGAAGCUUGCGCAGGGGUUUAAUGAUGUUUUUCCGGCGUUGGAGAGGAAUUUUGGGAAGUAG